GGUGAUGUCUGACGUCAACGCAACUUUGCCCAUUCCGGUUCCGUAAAAAAUGGUAACUGAAAGUGAUUCAGUCUUGUAAGAGAGCCCGUGGCGAGGUGUCGUAGUAGAACCACAGGGCCGGCGCUAACUGCCGCUGGAACGCGAUCGCGUCUAACCUGCCCACGUGCGUUUGGCGUUUACGCGAUUGAUUUUUGCGGAAUGGGUGAACAGACGCACGCCGCCGGCGAAAAAGUGGUUUUGAAACGUAAAAUAACACUGUUCAAUGGAGUGGGGAUUAUCAUCGGGACGAUUAUCGGCUCCGGCAUUUUCAUUUCUCCCGCGGGAGUUUACACGAACACCGGAUCGGUAGCAGUGUCCCUUCUAAUAUGGGUUGUCUGCGGCAUCCUGUCGACUCUCGGAGCUCUCUGCUACGCCGAGCUGGGUACUUCCAUAACCCGAUCAGGCGGAGACUACGCGUACAUCCACGCGGCCUUCGGGCCGCUCCCAGCGUUCCUGCGAAUGUGGAUAGCCCUGCUGAUCAUCAGGCCCACGACGCAGGCGAUCGUGGCGCUGACCUUCGGCCAUUACGUCGUCAAACCCUUCUUCCCGGAGUGCGAACCGCCGCAGGACGCUGUCAAGUUGCUGGCUGCUGUGUGUCUCUGUGUCCUGACAGCCAUCAACUGCAUCAGCGUGAGGUGGACCAUGAGAAUCCAGGAUGUGUUCACCUCCUCCAAGCUGUUUGCGCUCGUGGUCAUCAUCAUCUCCGGUCUUUACUACAUCUGUAUUGGACACACGGAGAACUUUGAAAACGCGUGGGAGGGCAAGUACACAGCUGGAUCUGUGGCGCUGGCCUUCUACUCUGGUCUGUUCGCUUUCGGCGGCUGGAACUACCUCAACUUCGUCACAGAAGAACUACAGGAUCCGUACAAGAACCUCCCGCGAGCGAUAUGGAUCGCCAUGCCAAUGGUCACCAUCAUCUACGCGUUGGCCAACGUCGCAUACUUCGCCGUCGUUAGCAAGGAUGAGAUGAAGUUUGCUGUGGCUGUGAUAUUCGGCGAACGUCUCUUCGGCGCGUGGAGCUGGGUGAUCCCCGUGUUCGUGGCUCUGUCGACGUUCGGCGGCGUCAACGGCGUGCUAUUCACGUCGGCCAGGCUGUUCGCGACCGGCGCGCAAGAGGGACACAUGCCUGCUUUCUUCUCGCUCUUCCACAUCAAGCGGCAGACUCCAAUACCGUCGCUCUUGUUCACGUGCCUGUUCUCCCUUCUGAUGCUGUCGACGAGCAACGUCCUAGCGCUGAUCAACUACUUCUCCCAAACGCUGUGGCUAUCCGUCGGCGCCUCCGUGGUGGGCAUGCUCUGGUUGCGGCGCAAGCGCCCCGACAUCCCCCGUCCCAUUCGCGUACAUCUCGCCAUCCCUUUCAUCUUCCUAGUCGCUAUCGGCUUCCUUGUCUUCGUCCCAGCCAUAGUACAACCAAAAGAAACCGCCAUAGGAAUCGCUUUACUCCUCAGCGGGAUACCUGUCUAUUACCUCGGGGUCAAGUGGCAGACGAAACCCCAAUGCUACCAUUCCCUUUCAGGAUGCGUUUUAAGGCUUUUCCAAAAACUAUGUUCCUGUAUUUACGUAGAGUCAAAUGAAAAAAUGUCACAAGGAUGAAUGAAUGAAUAAUAAUAUAAUAAUUUAAAGGACCAACGAUUUAUGUACCUAUAUGUACGUUUAUAUUUUAUAAAUAUUGUGGGUACUAAGAAAUGUAUGUGCUUCCCGUUAGGGAGAGGACCGUCCUUUAUUCUCUGUUACGUACCCGAAUGAUAUGUAUAAUGCGUCUGAUCAUUAAUCAUUAAAUCACAUAUUACAAUAUUUUAGGUAAAGCGAGUACAUAUUGUACAAACAAAUAUUUAUUGUAGUAAGUUUCGACAAUGAUUAAGUAAUAAAUACGCAGUUGCUCGCUGUUGCGCAAAAUUACGACGCAGCGUCAUUGGAUUGUAAGAGUGUGAAUAGGUAGGUAACUUUGCUCUACAUCUUUAUAUUUUUUUCUUUACUGCGACUCAAGCGAAUAGUUUUAGUGGAAUGGACAACUUUAUAGGUAAAGUUACUUCAAGAAAAUGAAUAAAUCCUCACCUACCUACUGUGGAUCAGUUGGUCUCUCUUGAGCGAUCUAUUAAACUCGUAUUAAAUAUGUCGCGUGUAUAACUUUUAUACCUCUUUAUACUACUUGUAUCUUAUGAUGCCUUUUGAAUUGCUCUCUGAAUGUUUAAGUAGGUAGUAAGAAUACUUACAUGUUAUACUUAAUGUAUCGUACAAUUGUAUAUUCUAGAUCAAAAGUGGAUGGUCAGUGUAAUAAUAAGUACUUUAGUCCAUGGACAUGACGUACCUAAUAUGAAUAUUAUGAAUAAUAUGUAUCUAAGUAUGUUAUUUACUGGUCCAAUACCUAGAUUACAAGUACCUAAACAGGUAUUAAAAUGGGAACUAAUACAUUCCAAAUGUAAGAAAUUGUAUUCUUGGAUGUUUAUAUAUAUAUAUUUACUCGUAAUUGUGUAUUCUAGUUAUGCUGGAAUAUUUAGGUAUGCGGAUUUUACAAACCGUGACAUGAUGUAUAAACACUGGUGUUCAAUUUUUGUUUACAAAUAGCUGUAUUUUGCACGCGGUUAAUUAUACCUAAAAUUUUACCAUCUUAGGUACCUGUUUGAUUUUAGAAUUAGUAUUUUUAUAAACUUUUGUUACCUAUAAUAAAUACGUCAGCAAAUCCCUUGUAAUAUACCUCUACCUUGCUACAUGUAUAAUUGUUAUUUAUUUAUAGUAUUAAUAUUGAAAUUGCUUAUGAAAAAUGCAAUAAAACAACUGCAAGUAAAGAAUUGUUAAAUAAAUUAUUUUCACGCAAA